CGUGUCACCUGAAAGCCAAUUAGCCCACGUUUGACCGAGUGUUCAAACGUGUUUUUGCAUGUUUGACAUAUGUGACUUGUUUAUUUGUUUUUCAUGCAUGAUAGACUAAUUAUAGGUCAUGGACAUACACAGCAUAUUGUUUUUAGUCCUCUGCCAUUGUUGGCCACUUUCCUUUGCGGCACGCCACCAGGAUGAAAACGAUGGCUGGCAAGAUUGGAAGAAGAGGAACAAUGUUGUAAUACCCUUUCAGGCUGUGGAUAAUUUCCGUAGGAAUAUAUGGGCUCAGAAUAAAGCAGCUGUUGAAGCCCACAACUCGCAGGGCAGAAGGCGCUUUGACAUGGAGCUGGAUGAAAUGGCUCCCCUGACCCCUGAAGAGUAUGCCGCUUUUCGCCUGGGAGCAAUAAUACCAUCAUCUGAAGAAGGGCGACGAGGACGGAAGCCCACGUCACAACGCCGCCUGGACUACAGGACACUGGGCUAUGUAACCCGUGUAAAGAAUCAGGGGUGGUGUGGGUCUUGUUGGGCUUUUAGCACAACUGGAUCAAUCGAAGGCCAGUAUUUUAAGAAGACGGGACAGCUCAUUUCUCUGAGUGAACAGCACCUUGUUGACUGCUCCAGAGCUCGUGGGUUCUCAUAUGGGUGCUAUGGAGGAUGGAUGGGGAGAGCAAUGCAGUUUGUUAAAAAUUACGGCAUUCAUUUGGAGGAAAAUUAUCCAUACGUUUUCUGGCACCGGCAAUGUAAACAGGACAGAGGCCCAGUUGCCACCAAAAUCAAGUCCCAUGUAAGGGUGCGUAAUGACGAAGAUGCUUUGGCUGAUGCACUGAGAGAAGUUGGCCCAAUCAGUGUUGCAGUGAAUGCUGGGCGUCCGAGCUUCCGCUUCUACAAAUCAGGUAUCUAUGAUGAUGACUCCUGCAGCACCACAUAUCUAAACCAUGCAGUUCUAUUGGUUGGCUAUGGGUUUGAGAAAGGAGAUCAUUACUGGAUCAUAAAGAACAGCUGGGGCACUGGCUGGGGAGAGGGUGGCUACAUGAGAAUGAUCAGAGAUGGAAGAAACAUCUGUGGCAUUGCCAACUAUGCAAUGUAUCCAGUUAUAUAGUCAAAGCGACUUGUCACUACUUGCAAUCAGCAUUAUGUUUGAAUAAACAUCAUUGAAAUAUGAAAA